AUGUCGCCAUGUAGGGCCGUGGCGCGGCCGCUCAUCAGGAAAUUUCAGCAGCAAUGCACGUUGCGGCACUUUACCGCCGGCGCCGUUCGCGCCGCCCAAGUUGAUGAGCAGCAGCAACAGCAGCAGCAACAGCCGCCGCCGCCAGCAACGCAGACGGAGCCCACGAGCGAGCCCGCCGCCGCCGAUCUCGACCCCAACACCGUCAUGCCCGAGUUCGAGGCUCAGCUGAUCAAGGCCGGCAUCAUGCCCAUCGGCUCGCGACGCCGGCGCGUAGCCAUGCGCACCACCGACAGCAUCCCCUUUGAGCAGCUGCCCUACCAGGCGUUCCAGGAGGCGCGCAAGAUCCUCGCAGCAGACCGGGAGGACAAGCUGGCCAAGAUCAGGUCCGAGCUGGACAAGAUUGCACGGCUGGAGCGCAAGGACCCGGCCGACAUCAAGGGCGGGCAGCCAAUCAAGGACAUUAGGCUCGCCGGCCUGCGGAAAGAGGUGACGCGGCUCAAGAUCUUGGCCGAUGUCAAUGACCCGUUGGUCAAGAAGCGCUUCGAGGAUGGACUGGGCGACAUGAACAAACCCAUCUACCGCUACUACGCCGAGAAGAAGUGGCGCUCCUACGACAACCGCCUCAUCACCCAGCGCAUCAAGCAGUUCAACAUUGUUCCCGAUGUGCUCCCCAAGCUGGAGACCACGGCUGACGUCCAGCUCUACUUCCGCCAGCUCAAGAUUCCCCCCGGCCAGAUUGUCGACAGCGCCAUCAGCGAGAACCCGCCGCGGCUGCGCGUGCAGGUCUUUGAUAAGGGAGAGCGCCUCGUAACCGUUGUCGUCAUCGACGCCGACGUACCCGACGUGGCCAACGACGGCUUUACCAAGCGCUGCCACUUCCUGGCCGCCAACGUCCCGCUGAGCCCCGUCGUCACGUCGAUUCCCCUGAGCCGCAUCAAAGCAGACGACCAGCUGGCGGUGCCGUGGCUGCCUGCCUUUUCCCAAAAGGGCGCUCCCUACCAUCGCCUGGGCAUCUACCUGCUCGAGCAGAAGCCCGGGGAGAAGCUUGACGUGGCCCUGAUGAGGCGCCUCUACUCGAAGCGCGACGGCGUCUCGCUCAAGUCGCUCCGUGACAAGUUUGGACUCACGCCCUUUGGCUUCAACAUGUUCCGCUCCGUGUGGGACGAAAACACGGCCGCCGUCAUGACCCGCCAACACGCGCCCGGUGCCAACGUCGAGCUGCGCCGCACGCGCAUCUACAGCCUCAAGCCGCCCGUCAAGGCCCGCGGCUGGGAAGCCAAGCGCCAGGGCCCCAAGUACCGUCACCUCUGGAAGUACACGAAGCGCAUCCGUGGCCUGUCCAACGCUCGUGGGUGGACCAAGAGGCGGUAG